GUCAUUUGUGGACCAGACCGUCCCAUUUCGGGGAGCGCUCGGUAGUCAGCCUCCACGGUGUUCAGAGGACCCGACCGACGGAGACCGCGAAUGUCACGACACAUACAACAAGGAAGGAGAAGAAGAAGAAGAAGUCACAUUCACCGGAGAGACCAAUAUUUUACGCGAUGGCAGCUACUUCCAGCAUGUUUUCCGUGGGGUUCAUCGUUUUCGUUUUGCUCUCCGUGACCACUACAUCUGCAGAGGAGAGGAGCGCAACCAACGCAAUGUGCGUGGAUGGCAUGUACGCACAUGGCGCACGGAACUGCUGUCUGUGCGCUGCAGGUCAGCACCUGGUGAAUCAUUGCACCACAGAUCAACAAUUUGGGAAAUGCGAACCCUGUGCUACAAACACAUACAGCAAUCAACCUACUUACCAGAAGUCCUGUGAGCCCUGCACAUCCUGCUCACAUACUAAUGCCGAUCUAGAGCUGGAGGAACCCUGCACCCCUGCCAGUGACGCUAAGUGCCGAUGUAAAAAAGAUCACUAUUGCAGCAGUAGCACAGAAACAUGUACACUCUGCAAUCCUUGUACAGAAUGUCCGGAGGGCAUCAAAGAAGCAUGUUCAGCCAAAAGCGACACAAUCUGCAAUGACAAAACCGAAGGGGGAAAUAACACUGGGAUAAUAAUCGCCAUUAUUGUUCCAAUAUUACUCAUUGCAUUGGCUGUUGCUAUUUUUGCAUACGUUUAUCGAAAGAAUCGCUCCCGGAGGGAACAACAUAACGCUGUGGAGAUUCUGCUUCUUAAUGUUUCAGAUGUUGAACUCCAGCCUCACCUGCCUGACAUUGCAAAAGUGAUUGGAUGGAAGGAUAUGCAGGAGGUAGCAAUGCGCAGCAGUAUAAUGGACACUGUUAUUGAUUCUUGUAAACUGAACCACCCUGGUGACAGCCAGGAGUGGACACUUGAACUACUAAAAGUGUUUGUGGAGAAGCAUGGCAAGGAGGCCCCUAGGAAAUUGAUCGAAAUUCUUCAAGAUAGUGACAAAAGGGGCAAAGCAGAAAGCGUGCAAAAUAUUCUGUGUCCUAAACAAACACUUCCUGCUUGAAUGUUUCUAUUGUGAGCAUGUUUUAGAUAUUUGCAGUGCUGUCUGUAUGUGUAAGCGCCAUUCCUCAGGAAUAACUUGAAUUUGUUGAAGUACAUAGAGAAAUAUGUUUUCAUGUAGUUUGGGGAAAUGCUAAAUAUUUGCUGAUUUACUCCAGUAUUGAAUUUAUAUGGGUUUUGUCGUAGCCUAGCGCAGCUCCUGUAGUCAUGUGAUUAAAAGACAGGAAGUCUAGUAUUUUAUUGUGAAACAUUCUGUUGUUCAAUAAAUGGGGGCGGCGGAGCAACACGGUUGUUUUACCUUGACGUGCCGACUCAACGCGUAAAACAGUGUAAUGUCGUCUUCAAGUGUGGUUAUGAAAGAAAGUAAGUGCAGACAUAUAAGAGUAUUGAAGAAGACCAAAGAUAGACACUACAUUAUGGAUUACUAUUUUGAAAGCAGUUGGCACGUCUCUCUGUCUGUAUUUGAACUUUGUAAAAGCUGAAUUUAAUGUUAGAUUUUAAAGCACUGAAUCACUGUUCUCUGCUUCUCCGUUUUGUUAAAUAACGAAAGGAAAGGUUUUUGCCGCUUCCAGUUUUUAAAAAAAAAGAUGCUUGUGUUGGUGUAACGAUAUUGGUCAAGGGCUGAACAAAGUCCAUUUGUGCCACAGCUUGUAUAUUAAACCUCAAUAAAUGUAUUUUUAGGGAAAAUGUCACUUUUGGUUCCCAUUAUUUUGUGAGCGUCUUAGUUUCUAUUUUCUUUUGCUCACAGACAGACUCUUCUUUUCAGCCGUCCUCCCAAGUGUU